GCGCGUAAUGAUGACGUAAGGGUCCGCCUGUGUUUUGCACGCUGUCUGUCGCGAGGGGUCAUGGAGAAAAGUGGCUCGAAGAGACUCGAACCUGCGGGUUGUGAGGCAGUGAAGAGUUUUAACAAAUGGAAGAAACGCUCGAACCUGGUGAAGGCGCGGAUGAAGCGGGAGAGGAACGAGCGCUGGAAGCCGCAGUGGCAGACGGAGCGGGAAACCAUCGACCGGCUGACCGGCAGGUACGCCGACAUCCAGCCCGAGCAGGUCGUCAACUUCUCCGAUUUUCCUCUGUCCAGACAGACCCUGCUCGGCCUGCGGGAGGCGCAGUACCGCCAACCCACGGAUAUCCAGCGCCACACCAUCGGCCUGGCCUUACGGGGCAGAGACGUGCUGGGUGCAGCCAAGACCGGCUCCGGGAAGACCUUGGCCUUCCUACUCCCGGUUCUGGAGUGCUUGUACCGCCAGCAGUGGACCGCCAUGGACGGCCUCGGAGCUCUCAUCAUCUCUCCCACCAGAGAACUUGCCUACCAGACCUUCGAAGUGCUCCGCAAGGUGGGCAAGAACCACGAGUUCUCCGCCGGGCUGGUUAUCGGAGGCAAGGACCUGAAGAGUGAGUCUGCCAGGAUCCACCGCACCAACAUCAUCAUCUGCACCCCUGGCCGCCUGCUGCAGCACAUGGACCAGACAGCUGGCUUCCAGGCAUCCAGCCUCCUCAUGCUGGUUCUGGAUGAAGCCGAUCGCAUCCUGGACCUGGGCUUUGCAGACACAGUCAACGCCAUCGUGGAGAACUUGCCGGCCUCCAGGCAGACGCUGCUCUUCUCAGCCACACAGACCAAGUCGGUCAAAGACCUGGCAAGACUAAGCCUGAAAGAUCCAGAGUAUGUGUGGGUCCAUGAGAAGGCCAAGUUCAGCACGCCGGCCACCCUGGAGCAGAGCUACAUUCUGUGUGAGCUCCACCACAAAGUCAACAUCCUCUACUCCUUCAUCAGGAACCACCUCAACAAGAAGACCAUCGUCUUCUUUGCCUGCUGCAAGGAGGUGCAGUACCUGUUCCGGGCCUUCUGCCGCCUCAGACCUGGCGUGCCCAUCUUGGCUCUGCACGGCAAGCAGCAGCAGAUGAAACGGGUGGAAGUCUAUGAUGACUUUGUGAAGAAGCAGAAUGCUGUGCUCUUCGCCACUGACAUAGCUGCUAGGGGGCUGGAUUUCCCCGCUGUCAACUGGGUGGUGCAGUUUGACUGUCCAGAGCAUGCAGACACCUACAUCCACAGAGUGGGUCGGACAGCCCGGUACCGGGAGGGCGGCGAAGCCCUGCUGCUGCUGCUGCCAUCUGAGGAGAAAGGCAUGGUCGCCCAGCUGCAAGACAAGAAGGUUCCCAUCAGUAAGAUCCAGGUGAACCCAGAGAAAUUGCAGAAUGUCCAACAGAAGCUGGAGGUGUUUUUAGCCCAGGAGAAGGAGCAGAAAGACAGAGCCCAGAGGUGUUUUAUGUCCUACCUGCGCUCCGUGUACCUGAUGAAAAAUAAAGAUGUGUUUGAUGUUUUUAAGCUCAACAUUCAGGAGUAUGCCAUGUCUCUCGGCCUGGCUGUGGCUCCAAGGGUGCGCUUCCUCAAAGCUUGCACACAGAGACCUGAAUGGGAGAAAGGUCCAUCCACAGAGGAGCUGCCGCAGAGGAGCUCUCAGGCUCAGUGCAGAGAAAAAGCUCCCAGAGAGAAGAGCUCCAGCUCUGAAUCUGAAGACUGGAGUGAGGAUGAGGAUGGUGGGAACAAACAGGAUCUGGAGCAAGCAGCUCAGGCUGAGGAGUUCCAGUUUGGUGCAGAUGACCUCAGUGAAGAUGAUGAUGAUUUGAGCAGUGUGGACCUCCUGACAGUCAAAAGAAAGGAUGUCUUCAAUUUGAUAGAAAGCCAGAACAGGGAGGAGGAUCCUGACAAGAGACCCGGGAGGAAAACUGAAAAGGAGACAAAGUUCAAAGAUGCCAAAAAGGUGCUUAAGAGAAAGUUCCAGGUCAACACUAAGGUGUUGUUCAGUGAGGAAGGAACACCAAUGCAGCAGUGGCCACCAGUGCAACAGGCAACAGUGCCAGUCAGCGAAGAGGAGGCGGAGCUUCCAGGCAUCAAUGUGGAGGAGGCCAGAAAGAGGCUGAAGCAGGAGGACGAGGAGUUCGACAAGCAGGAGUACAGCCGCAAAGUGAAAGCCAAACACCGCGAGAAGAGGCUGAAGGCCCGGGCCGCCCGCCAGGAGGCCAGCCGGCGGCGCACACGCACAUCUGAGGAUGAGGAGGAGGUGGUGGCAUACCUGGUGAGUCACAGUGAGGACGAGUUUGACCCCAGCACCCUGCCUUACCCCCACAGGCCGCAGUCUGCCGAAGAGGAAGAAGGCAGCAGUGAAGCCGGUCCGGCUCAACGGCACAACAGCAGUGACGACGACAAACAGGAGCUCACCGAGGGAAAGAGGACAGAAGUCCUGGACACCGGCCUGUCUCUGGCUGAAGAUGAGGAUCUGGUCUUACACCUGCUGAGCAGCCGCAGGUAGACUGGAGAGGGGACAAAGGAAAUGUUUUUCUGUCCUCUUGUCUCUCACUCUGUGUCCAGGAUGAGAAAGUUCUGUUCUGGCACCUCAGAAAGUGUCACUCAGUGUGUACAUUUCUCUGCAUGCACACUGAAACACUUUGGUCCUGACCUCUGACCCCUCUUUUCACCAAGGUUUCAUGCAGUUUGGGAUUUAACAGCACAAACAGGUAUUUUGAUGAACAUAAAAACUGCAAAUAAAUAUACUCUAUUGAGGCUUUUCAGGUU